CAGUCGGUAGGCAGGGCAGUUGACUGGUUCACUCUCCCGGUUUCAGCAAACCGUUGUUGUGAAGAGAGAGGAACGGGAAAGAGAAGGGUCGAGUACAGCAUUUUUAGAAGAUAUUUAACGUUUAGACCUCACGUUUUGCGGGUCGUAUAUCUUCGUUGUCUCUUUUGCUCAGGCACCAUGGCGUGUGGAGCUACGUUAAAACGCUCGAUGGAGUUUGAGGCCCUACUCAGUCCCCAGUCUCCUAAGCGAAGAAGGUGCAAUGCACUACCGGGGGCUCCAAGCACUCCGUCCCCUCAAAGAUGCAACCUCCGUCCGCCAGUUGACUGCCCAUCAUCACACUCGAUGUCUCCCCCGGCUAUGGGAGGAGAACACAGGCUAACUCCAGAGCAGAUCUUCCAGAACAUCCGUCAGGAGUACAGCCGCUACCAGAGGCGACGGCAGCUGGAGGGGGCCUUCAACCAGAGUGAGGCUGCCUGCAGCUCCACCGAUGCCCCCAGCUCCUCCCUCACCGCCCCCAGCUCCCCGCCAGGUGCCUCGAGGAAGGACCAGCCGUCGUUCACACUGAGGCAGGUGAGCUACCUGUGUGAGCGCUUGCUCAAAGACCACGAGGAAAAGAUCCGGGAGGAGUACGAACAGAUCCUCAACACAAAACUUGCAGAACAAUACGAAUCUUUUGUGAAAUUCACACAAGACCAGAUCAUGCGAAGAUACGGUGCCAGGCCUGCUAGUUACGUCUCUUGAAUUCCCCCAUUGAGGUACCAGCUUUUCUCACAGGACGGCUGCUCUUCUACUGCCUCUUCCUCCACUAGAUAUGUGAUUUUUAUGUCCCCCCUUUAUUUUCUUCAUGCUAUUUGGGUGCCAUGGUAUAGCCACAUUUUUAAUCCAAAACUGAUUUCUAUACUCCUGAACUGUGGCUGCUGGCCAAAACGCUAACGAAUUGGAAGAUAAUGUAAAAAGUCGAUAUGCUAUCUCUCUGGAAUUUUGACUAAAGCAGAUUUGUGUCGAUCUCCCCAGCACUGCAGUGGCUAUUCUGAUCCUUCUGUGUUAUAACCUGCCAGCACUGCCCCUCUGCAGCAGCUGUAUUGCUAAAGCCCCCUGGCCUCUUAUCCACCCAGUUUAUUUUUCUCUUUUCCAACUCUGAGGAUGUGGAUUUUUUUUCCUUUUUAAAAUAAAAGUUGUGUGAUUUAAAA